AUGAGUUCGUCCCUUACCGAGAGCCACCGGACGGUCAUCCUCGAGACUUUUAACCGAAUAAUAAAAGAGUCGUGCCGCUCCUCGUCGAGUUGUUUGAUAGAGAAGCCCCGCUGGCUGCGCUUUACCCAGAGAGACGCCUAUGACAACGGAUUCCUGUACGGGACGCCACUGCCAUGGGACCAGGGCAGGAACAUCAUAGAGAUUAUCGUGAUCAACAAGCGGAAUUACGACACGUUUAAAGAGAGGCUGGUGAUAAAUGUGGGUCCUGCAGUAAAGCAGACGCCAUACCAGGCUGAGUUCUUCAUAGAGCUGAGAGAGAUUGAGAAAGUGCUGCCCGCUGCUGUUCAAACUGAGAUCAAACUGGACAUUCAGAACCUGUGGAGAACCAGCAGGCUGGAGUUUGUCAACAUCACCUCUGCUCUGGACAGGGGCGGCCGCGUCCCCCUGCCGCUUCCAGGAUAUUUUGAAGGCGUGUAUGUGAAACUGGGUUCAGACCAGCCGUUUUCCCAAUGCAUGCUGGGACUUGAGACAGCGGCGCAUCAGAGAGAGUGUGCAGCCGGAGGGAAGAUCAGCGGAGACUGCAGCAGAUGCACCAACCCCGUCAACUGCAUCACCUGGUGCAAAUCUACCCUGUUUGAUCUGUCCAAGCCCAUUCCUCCGGCUCCGGUCCCCACCGUGGGCUCAGGCGUCCUGGCGUGGGGUGGAGAGUUCAGUCCUCCGGAGUCUCCUCCCGACAGAGAUUUCUUCCCCGACUACAUUGUCACCGUCAUCGUUCCCUUGGCUCUGGUUUUGAUCCUCUGUCUCCUCCUGUCCUACAUCAUGUGCUGCAGGAGAGAGGGAGUUCUGAAACGAAAUGCCAAGACUCAUGAUCUGCAGCUCUAUCAUCACCACACCAUCCAGGGUAAUGCCAACGAGCUGCGCAGGAUGGCCGGCGGAGACAGGCGCACCGUGGAUCGUCCUCGGCAGUGCUUACAGCCGCUCCUCAUGGCAGAGCAGGCAAUGGCAGAGAGCUGAGGGACAUCAGAGCCAACUUUAAUAGCCACUGUCUGUGGAAAUGUGUUUAAGGUUCACUUUUUGUUUCUUGCUUUGUGUUUCUUCAAGGAAUACGUCACUCAAAAAUGAACAUUCACCCAAUAAUCCCCCCAAAAAUGUUGUUCCAAAACCAUAUACUGUUGUUUUUUCCAUGAAAGCAUAAAAGGAGCAGUUGUUAAACUCCAGAAACAUAUAAAAACCAUAGAAACUAUAAAAACCAUAGCUCCAAUUGAGCUGUGCUGCUGUGCAGUAUAUAAUCAGUGAUUUAAAGUAUUUGUGUGAUUAACUAAUUGAAUUAAAGCUUAUAUCACUGUCAGUUUGCAUUGGUCAAAUCUGACUAAUAAUCAGUUUAACCCUCUGGUGGUCUUUGGUCAUACGGUCACGUCAAAAAUAAAAAAUGCAUUUUGAAUUUUUGGUACAAAUAAAAUGUGGACACUAUUACAAACGGCUAAACGGUCUUGUGAUCUUCACAGUCAAAAAUAACUGGAAAUACUAAAAAUACAAAAUACACAAGUAAAUAUUUAAGAACAAAUAUUAGAGAACAAAUAUCACUGCAACAAAAUAUAGUAUAUUUAUUUAAUUAAAAAUGCUUAUUCUUUCAUCUCUUUUGACUGCCGAGGAUCACAAAUGAAAGUGAGGAAUACCCGAGGGUUAAAAUUAGAUUGUGUUUUAUUAACGUCUACACCUACCCCAACCCUAAACCUACC